GCGGACGAAAGGCUAACAACUGUGACAGUGAAAAUGGGGAAAGAUAUGAAGGCAAAUAGACUGCGAUAGAGAUAACAAAACUAUUCCCAAAAAGUGAGGGAACAGAUGCCAGAAAGGGUGGAGGAGUUGAACAGAAAAGAUAUUGAGCAAGAAAGUGAGCGGUUAAACAGUAUACCACGGAAGAGUCCACUCGGAGAGAGGACGGAAUAAUUGUUCCUGGAAUCGGGUGGACCCUUCCCUAGGAAGUCUCGACAUCAACCACCACAGCUACCAUGUACAGUGGAUAUGGAGGGACUCCGUCCCGAACUCUGUCAACAAUGUCUCUGUCCAUUCGCCCAGUCAGACACCUCACCUCCAGAUCCAUCACUAGGAGCCAGAGCUUCACUGGAGUCAACACCUACGACAAGUCUUACCGGAACCUUGCGGUGUUCAGCACUCCUGGUCUCAGCAGGAAGCCCAGCAGGGCAAGCAGACUGUUUACUAUGUCGACCAAGGCCAACCCCCCACCUAAGGUUCCUCAACCAGAGCGACUGGAUCAAGUGUACGAGGCGCUGAAGAAAGGCCUUCAGUCUUACCUGCAGGUUUAUCAGAUGGACUUGGAUACCCUCAGCAGACAGAUAAAAGAAUCAAAGAGGAACUCCAGGCUGGGUUUCCUGUAUGAGCUGGACAAGCAAGUAAAGGUGACUGAGAGGUACAUAAGAAAACUGGAGUUUCACCUCAGCAAGAUUGAGGAGUUUUAUGAAGCCUACUGCAUGCAGAGGAGACUCAGGGAUGGCGCCAACAAGAUGGUGAAGGCGUACACAGCCUCUUCAGGAAGUAAGGAGGCCAAGGAGAGUUUAGCAGAAGCCGGUAAAGGAUACAAGGAGUACACAGAGAACAUGUGUGUGUUGGAGAAUGAGUUUGAGAACAAGCUGGGAAAGUUCCACAUUAAGAUGAAGGGUCUGGCAGGAUUUGCUAGAUUGUGUGCUGGUGACCAGUAUGAGAUCUUUAUGAAGUACGGUCGGCAGCGGUGGAAGCUUCGGGGGAGAAUGGAGAUAAAUGCCAAACAAGUGUGGGACAGUGAAGAGAUUGUGUUUCAGCCACUCAUCAAUGAGUUCCUAUCUGUGAAGGUGACAGAGCUGAAGAGCUUAGCCAAUCACGUGGUUGUAGGAAGUGUUUCCUGUGAAACUAAGGACCUGUUUGCUGCACUGCCCCAGAUGGUUGCUGUGGAUAUUAAUGACCUUGGGACUAUUAAGCUGAGCCUUGAGGUCACCUGGACUCCAUUUGAUAAAGAUGAGCAAGGGUCAGUUGCAAGCACCGUCAGCAAAGCGCCAUCCAUCAAUAAGCGAAUCUCAGCCAUUUUCGACCAGACUCCACCCGACACUCCGCCUUUACGCAACAUGAUCCGCCUACGUGGAGAGUUGGAGAAUGGACCAGCGUGGUCUAAUUCAUCUGAAUCUUCUGAUGACUCCACCAGCCCACAGCUGCCUGCACAUUCAAAGGCAGUGGUGGAGACAUCAGACAUGCAGCCUGUUGGACAAGGAAGUUCCCUCCUACAGCCUGACAUUUCAUCUUCCCCCAGAAACUCGCCUUCCUCAACUCAAAAUGCCAUUCAUGAAAGCAGCAACCUACCUAAACAGCAAGCAGAAAGCAACAGGGACGAGGAGACGGGGACAGUCACUGUGAUGACGAAAACUACCAGUGAGGACGGAGUUGCAGGGAAAUGGUCGCCUAUAGCACCAGUGGAUGUGCCAAUAAAUAGCAGCAGUAGCUCUCCAAUGUACUUACGCUCUCUGAGCCACAUUAGUGAAAACAGUGCUGAUGGCAUUGUAGUGCCAGUCGGUGAAUCAGGGGAGGUGAUGUCUCUGGCCUCUGGGAUCUCAAUCAAUGACAUUGAAAUGGAGGUGGCCUGCAGAACUCCUGACCCACCCAACUUUGCUGACACUGACACAGCUGUUGAUGUCACUGAUCAACAGCCGAUCAGAAAGCAACAGAAUACAUCCGACUUUGAGAUUAUAUCGUCCCCUCUCAGAACAGAAGGAGCAGACCCUAACACUGUAGAAAGUGAGGAUGUGACAUAUGUAGCUCGCCGGGUGCCAGUGGAAGAAGAUUUACCAGCUGCAGGCUCCAACUGCCUGUCCGGAGAGGCUGAUGGUCCAGUGGACAGUGGACUAGAGGAUGCUCUGGGAGCUGUACUUUCCUCUAUAGAUGAUUAUAGAGGACCGUUUCCUGAGUUACAACUACUAGAACAGGAGGUGAAACUGCUGCAGGUUAUACUGAAGGGUGGCAGGCACAGCCGUUCGCCCAGCGUGGUCAGCCUCACAGUGGAAACAGCUCUUGGCAGCUUUGACUUCCUGAAUGGAUCAGACUGGGAGGAGGCCGAAGAGGACGGUGAUAACAGGAGCAGAAAUAGCAGGUCUCUGCUGGACAGAGGCUGGGACAGCCCUUCCUCCCCCACCUCACCCCUCACCACAGGCUGCGCCACUCUAGACUGCUGCCUAGUGGUCCAUUUGAAGAACUGCAAUGCACAGUUGUUGCGUCUGGGCAAGUUUGGUCCUCUGAGGUGUGGAGAGAUGUAUGCCUUAGACAGACUGCUGAGAGAGGCUCGUGUCCUCGAAAUCAUCCGGCGCAUCACCACAGAAAACCCACAGCACAUCAGACAGCCUGCUGAAGUGAUCCCAGAGCUGGGUCUGUGUCUGGGUGCUGUGUCACUGUGGCAGGAAUGUGUGGGACAGGACAGUGUGUACAGUGUCUCUGCUGAAAGGUUCCUGAAUACAGUGUCCACAGUCUAUUCUGGUUUACUGCCUGAAAGGGCCGACACAGUGUCCUUGUCCCUGGUGGAGCGAGUGCUGGAUCAGAGGUUACCACGACGAGGCAGCAGCAGAGACAAUAUGGUGGUGACAUUGUUCCAGCUGUGGAGUUACUUGGAUUCCAGUGGCGUCAGUGACAUGGACACACACAUCAUUGAACUGGCUAAAGAGGUGUGGUUGGUACAGAGCCUGGCGUCGUGUGACCAGGAUGUGAUUGUCCAUGCUCUACGGCGCCCUGCAGAGUGCAGCCUGAGGAGAGAAGGCAUUCACGCUGUGGCCAAAUUAUUAAAAGAUCCUCGGGGCAAAGUGUCAGCCUCUGCCAGCUCUGUACUGAGAAGCCUCGCUGCUCAGCCCAGACAGAGAAAGCAGGCUUUGGUCAGCUGUCUGGAGCUGUUGGAAGAUGAGAACGUGGAAAACCGAGUGUGUGGAUGCAAAGCCUUAGCUUGCCUCAAGGCCAAAGAGAGCAUCGAUCAGUUAGUGUAUCUUUGCCGGGCAGACAAGGAGGAAGUACGAAAUGCUGCCAAACAAACACUGCUAGUGCUCGGCGAGGAAGGGAAGAUGGCCCACAGACACGUGGAGACCUCUCAGGACAGCAUAUCGAGACUCUUUGCUCCAGGAAGCAUGGCCAGCACAGCUUUCUGACACCACAUACACACAGACACAGCUACAGUGGGCGUAAAGAAAAACACUGGAGAGCAUAGGAUCAUGUUUGCUUUGGCACGGAGUCCCGGGAAUAUCCGCUCUCCGUGACUGUAGCUGAAACCAAUAAAGAGAAACACAUAUGUGAAAUGCAGUAUAUGCCCUGUCAGAGGAGGACAGAAACUGUAACACUGGCAAAAAUUUAAAGAAAUUUAUCAGACGUGUUGAAGAAUGUACAAAUAUGCAUCUACAUCAUAAGACAGUAUUUCAAAGUCACCUUAUUUGAUUAUUUACUUUUCUGUAAAAUAUUAAGCGUCUUUUAUUUUUUAUUAUCAAACUACAUUUCAUUUGAUUCACUGGAAAACUGGUUUUGAUGAGUGACAAACAGUAGCCACACAAAGAGUAAUAUUCCAGUAUGAGUUCUGCUUCUCCCACUAUUCCAGAGGAAUGACGUUUCUUACUGGGUGCUGCUUUCACUAAUCUAGUUUAAAGGCUGCUUGAAGAGUCUCAGUGCAGAUGUUUGCAGCUGUUUGAUGCACUUCUACCUGCUGAUGAAUAGUUUUGACAGUUUUGAAGCAAAGUCACAGCCAAGUCCAACUUAAAUAUAAAUUUGACCACAUUAUAGACUGUAUGAACUCUCAGCGUUGACAUACUGGCCACCGCCAUGUCAGUUUUUUGGUUACAAAGUUACUAACUUUGUACAGUAGGAUGAAACUCUAAGUUAACUAAUUGUUGCAAGCUUGUUUAGCAAGCUGGAUUCAUAAACUCACAGACACGCAUCUGGUGAGUCAAGACAAGUAACAAGUAAGUGAUAAUAACAUACUAGAGUUACACUCACCAACACAGACACACAGACUUCUCAGAUGGUCUCUAGGACAUAGUGCACCAUAGUAUUUGUCAGAUAAUUCCAUUUAAAUGCAUCAACAACUCAAAUAAUGCCAGAGACUCUGUGACUCUAGUUAGUGGAGGUGAAGCCUCAGCAGACACCGACUGGGUAUAGCUCCCUGUGCCAAGACACCUGUCAGUCAAAGCAGCCACACUCCUAAUAAACAGUGUCAUGGUGUAUGAAUGCCAGCCAGCCCCCCCGCCCCUUGGAGUUGUUGUAAACUUGUUUGUUUCAGUUCUAAACUCGGACAUUUUAACAUUGGCAUGGACUCGCGUUUGGAGCCGGCCUCAGGUGGACAUUAGAGGAACUGCAGUGAUGGAUGCUGCUUAGUCCACAUUCUUUUUAAAAAAACAAAAAAAAGCUUAUCGAGACACUUUAUCAUGUUGUUGCUUGUAAAUCUGCCUUAAUGUUGCAUUAUUUGCUUACCAGAAUUUGAUAUUUGAAACUAUUAAAGUCUAUCUACACAUAAAAACAUGAAUUUACAUGUCUAAGCUGAGGAUACUGCUUUUUAUGACACAUUAUCGAAAAUGAGCUGUCAGUGCUGCUGCUGAUUUUUAUUUCAGUGAUUUAGUUUUUUUUUUUGUUUUUUUAAAAACAUCCAAAAAAGCCCCCCAAAAAUCCACAAUUAACAACAAACAACUGAAUCAAGUAGAAGAAACUCAAACUGACUGAAUAGGCUGACGCUUUUACACUGAACCUGUUUGUCGUAUAUUCUGAAUGGCAACACAAUGAAAUUUCACCAAAAACAAAGACAAAAGAAAGUAAUGAAUGAAAACACAAAUGAACAGCAGACGCUUAAGAAGUAAUGUCUCUUUUGAGAAGCGACAGUAGACUAACUACAGACAUCAGCCUGCUCUGAGGUGAAAGCUGAUAGUUUAAUAAUAUGAGAUUUUUACAGGCGUAAAAAGACCAGACUUAAGAUGCAGACGUCCACAUGGACCUUCGCACUAACCGUCUGAUGUUUCCAUCAUUGGGGACCCUGGCAGAGUCAUGGACGUGCAAAGUCUGAUCCCUGCUUAAGAAUACACUGGUAGUAACUCAAUGGGAAGUUGAUGUGCGUACACUGAAGUGGAAAUCCAGACUGGCUUACUUAAAUGGGAAAAAGCUUUGGUUUGUUCUCAAAAUAUAGAUAUUCUAGUCUUAUUGUAUGUAUUUAGGUGCAUGUGUUUAUUUUAUCACAGGAACAAGUACAGGAUUAUGAGUGUAAACUCAUUAAGGAAUAGAAAAACGGUGUACAAAUACUUCAGCACUUUGACCUGUACUAAAGCAAGACCACCUUUUUUCCUGCUUUGACAAAGAAAACCGUUCUGGAAUGAAUCUUUAUAAAUCACUACUUAGUCUCACUGAACUGAACUGCAGCGAUGCUGCAUCACUGAGUGAGCAUUAAAAACUUGAUUCUUAGAGGUUAACUUUGGAGGGUCUUGUGGGGCUCAGGACAGUAUUGAUGAGAGCAGCACUUAAAGAAGCAAAGGUAGGAGUGCAGUUUUUUUUUUGUGGAUCGUGUAAUAGGGAAACUAUUGAUUGGAUCUUUCAGGGAAGCUGAAAUACAUAAACUCAUCAUUGUAAGAGUUGAUAACAUAUUGAUGCUGGGCCAAUCUUAAAUGGAGAAAGCAGUUGAAACCAAAUUAAAGCUCUUUAUACAACAAGUGCUUCCUAGCAAACAUUCACACUACAAUAACAGAUCAAAGAGCAACUUAGGGUUCAGUAGCUUGCCCAAGGGUACUUUGACAUGCAGACUGGAGCAGUCAGGGAUCGAACUACAACCUUCCAAUUAAUAGGUGACGACCUGAGCUACAGCUACCCCCAUGGCUGCAAACCAAAUACACCUGUGUCCACACCUUAAGUGGUUAGAGCUAUUUUGGGCAGCAUGAGAGAGUGCUACACAAUAUUAGGCAGAAGGUCUUAAUGUUGUGGCUGAUGGAUGUAUUAAGCUAUUAAACAUUACCUUUUUGUUAAAAAAAAAAGCACAUUUUCAGCAAACAAAAAUACAAUAUUUUAUAUUUAUGAGUCCUGUAGUUGAUUUCAACAGCAUAACACGGGAUGUAAACACACAGCUGAUGUUGCUGCUUUUUUUCCUUUGCCAAGAACAUUUACUGGAAGUUUGCUUAAGGCCUAUGGCUGUAUAUCAGAUGUCCCAUUCUCAUACUGUAUAAUGCUGUGAUAAAGACCAGAUGGAUUAACACUGACAGGGUGAAAACAUAAAAUUGGACUUACAGGAAAUGAUAAGCAACUAUAGUCACGCUAUCAGAUGGAGGGGCUUGAAUUAGUCAGACUGUCUGCUCUGUCGUCAGGAUGUUCUGAGGAAGAUGACUUUUCCCCUGCUGCCAUCAUGAAGUCAAUACUUCUGUAUGUCCACCUGGUUUGACCAAAUGAAUUCCCAUCAGCUUCUGCUGCACUUUGUGCUGAACAGAUUGUAGCAUGCUACCACACUAAGCAAAGCUUGUAAAGACUGCACUGCAUCAAAAUGCUUAUUUUGUAAUUGUGAAUAUGUUUGCAAGCAGUUACAUUUACCUCAUCACACUGCUGUGCCUUUUGUGGUGAGCCACUCGCUUGGCUGGAGUGUCUGCAGGCCUGUUGUUUUUCUGCAUCCUGAACUUUCAUACUACUGUCACCAUUUUUCAGCAUCAUAUAAAACAUUACAAUUUUAGUCUUACUUAUGAUUGAUGACAAAUUUUAACUGUACUUUAUAACUGUUUCCCAUAUGUGAACAUGUCCCUAGGUUCCAAAUCCACUACCUACUGGAUUGGGUCCACUUUUGUACUUAAGGGGACGGGCUCACCGUCCCUCUCCAAAGUUCUGAGUCACUGCCCUUAUUCUAUGAGUGUGCCCUCCAUAGGACACGAGGGCUCACUAUUUACAGCAACCAAAUCUAAACCCAAGUGAACAACUUGGUUUAAGAUUGAACCAAAAUGUUCUCCCCAAUAAAAAUGCCAAAUGAAGAAAUAUAUUUUGGAUAAAGGGUUUCUCCCAAUCCUCCAGCAGAGUUCUGGAGACUCAUAAGGAGCACCGAAGCUGUUCUGGUGAUGUGUUGGUCUUGCAUGUCACUGAGGUGCUUUUGUUGUUGUUGUUUUCCUUUAAUUUGUCAUCCAUCCGAGUUGAGCUGUGAGGAAAAGGUAAUUAAAGAUUUAAAUUGUCAGGAUUUGGGAUUUUAAAAAAUGGGUCAGAAUCUCACAUUUUACUUUAUGAAAUCUGAGCAUAAUGUCAAAUUUUAGUAAUCAGGGAUCCAUCUCAGCAAAUAAAUGUUUUACAUAGCCAUAAUCCUCUUAUCCAUCUCACAGAUGCAUAUUUAGUCAACACAACUACGAAUUAUUAUUGUUCCUGCGCUGAAAAACAAAAGAAACUGAGGUAACGAGGAAGAUGCCUCAAAGCAAUCAAACUGACUAUUUGGACAUUCGGUUUAAAUGUUUUGUUUGAUUAUACAAUUUCUUAAGAGCAGAGUCACUGGAAUCCUACUGUAGGGCUGAUGCCAUGCAGUGAAUCACUGCAUAUAUCAAGGCUACCACUGUACUUAAUGUUUUGACCACAGUGAGUUCUAUUGGACAGCAGGUCCUACAGGUGUACCUUUUUGCAACCAGAAAGCAUUUUUAAGUGCCUCAAGGUUUGAUAUUUUGUCUCAUUUUUGUCUGUCUUGUGCAUGUCUCAUGCAAUAAGACACAAAUGAGAAAUUUUAGGAAUGAAGAGAACGUGAAGCAGUGAAAUACCACUGCUACAACAGCAACACUAUAUAAAUAAGCUUUUUUACAAGCUUGGUGAAUUGUGUAACAUUAUAAAUGGAUUUAUUUAUAGUUUUCUUAGGUAUUUUUUUUUCAGACAUUCUUGUGUCAAAUAUAGACAAACUUAAAAUAUUGUAAGAUUGUUGUCUCAUGUGCCAUUGAUUAUCUUUAAAUGGUGAGAUAUUUGGCUGAGCUGUGUGUAUGUAUCUCUAUAAUCUGUGACUGAACUAUGUAGCCUGAACUAUGUAGCCUACAGGAGGAUUUUAACCAUAGAGCACUGGAUCUGAAAGUUUGCAGCCAUAUAUAAAGCAGAAAACAGUUACAGCCCAGCAGCUGUGCAGGUACAUCAU